CCACCUAGGGAGCCUCAGCAGCGCAGGGUAACAAAUAACCUGAGAAUAACCACACAACACCCGAGAAUAAAGGAAGACAGCCGCAUCUUGCCUGAAUAGAGGAAGACAGCUGCAUCCCCGUGUCAAGAGGGAGCUCCCCAGCUCAGAGCCCCCUUGCUGACGAAGAAGGAGAGUGUGGAUUGUCUCACACAGAACGGAGAUGUGGCUUCUGAUUCUGGUGGCGUAUUUGUUCCAAAGAAAUGUGAAUUCAGGAUGUAUGCCAACGAAAGCCGUGGACCCAGAAGCAUUCAUGAAUAUUAGUGAAAUCAUCCAACAUCAAGGCUAUCCUUGUGAGGAGUAUGAAGUUGUGACAGAAGAUGGGUACAUCCUUUCCAUUAACAGAAUUCCUCAAGGCCUAGGACAACCAAAGAAGACAGGUCCGAGGCCAGUGGUGUUCCUGCAGCAUGGUCUGCUGGGGGACGCCAGCAACUGGAUCACCAACCUGCCCAACAACAGCCUGGGCUUCAUUCUGGCAGACGCCGGUUAUGACGUGUGGCUGGGGAACAGCAGGGGGAACAUCUGGUCUCGGAAACACAAGACCCUCUCUGUAGACCAGGACGAGUUCUGGGCUUUCAGUUAUGAUGAGAUGGCUAGGUUUGACCUUCCUGCAGUCAUAAACUUUAUUUUGCAGAGAACCGGCCAGGAAAAGGUCUAUUAUGUCGGCUACUCGCAGGGCACCACCAUGGGCUUUAUUGCUUUUUCCACCAUGCCAGAACUGGCUCAGAAAAUCAAAAUGUAUUUUGCUUUAGCACCCAUAGCCACUCUUAAACAUGCGAAAAGCCCUUGCACCAAAUUUUUGUUGCUGCCGGACAUGAUGAUCAAGGGACUGUUCGGCAGAAAAGAAUUUCUGUACCAGACCAGAUUCUUCAGACAGUUUGCUAUUUACCUGUGCCGUCAGAUGAUUAUCGAUCAGAUUUGUAGCAACGUCAUGUUACUUAUGGGAGGAUUUAAUACAAACAAUAUGAACAUGAGCCGAGCAAACGUGUACGUGGCUCAUACUCUGGCUGGAACGUCUGUGCAGAAUAUCCUGCACUGGAGCCAGACAAUGAAUUCUGGGGAGCUCCGGGCAUUUGACUGGGGGAGUGAGACCAAAAAUCUGGAGAAAGGCAAUCAGCCAACUCCCAUAAGGUACAAAGUCAGAGACAUGACGGUCCCCACUGCAGUGUGGACUGGGGGUCAGGACUGGCUUUCCAAUCCGGAGGACGUGAAGACACUGCUCUCCGAGGUGACUAGUCUCAUCUACCAUAAGCACAUUCCUGAAUGGGCACAUGUGGAUUUCAUCUGGGGCUUGGAUGCUCCUCACCGUAUGUACAAUGAGAUCAUACAUCUGAUGAAGCAGGAGGAGACCAGCUUCUCCCAGGGAAUGUGCUGGGUCAGACUGUGAGGCAUCCGAUACUGACGAGUCUUAGAGGGUUCCCGAGCGGAGGACUUUCAGGAUUUCCAGAAUUGGAAACCUCCCAUAUCAGUAGAAGGGGGGUGGGGAAGGGAAGGCAGAGAUAUAAUACACAUUCCUUCAGAUUUCCUGUAUUUGACACUAAAACUGGCAUUUAAAUUUUUUUCAGCUGAUUAAAAUAUUCAUUGGGUGAACAUAGGUUUCAUGCGUUGUCAUGUAUUCUGCCAUCCUGAAGAGUGUUUUACCUGACAGCUAGGAAUUAGCUAGGACUCUUUAUGUCAUUCAGGGAGACCCCUUUACAAUGUUAUUUUUUUUCUAUAAGCCAUAUUUUUGGAACGG